GGACACGAUUUUUGAACGGAUUUUUCGUGAAAGAUUUCAACAUGUGGUAGCAAUUCACUUACCUCUUUGGCUCUUCCUUGUCCUUCGCCAAAGCAGAUACACACAAGAGUUUUUGAUGAGAGACCCGGUCACACUGCUUCUGUCUCCAAUCAUGAAUCAUACCAUUUUAGCAUCACUCUCCCUCAUUGAUGAGUUUUUUCUAUCCAACAUGGUAGGGUCAUCACUCACCAUGCAAGUGCAGCUGUUCUGAACAAAACUUGGGUCCAUAAUACUACCCCAUAACAAGUUUUGCUCUCACUUUCUAGUUUUUUUAUUUGCUUUUAUUGGCAGUGCCUCGUGGAUUCAGGGUGACCCUUUGUUUCUAUUGAAUCUAUCCUCAUUCAAUCUUUUUUCUUUAAUAUCUUUGAUCUUUCCUUCACUUUUGUACUUGCUGAGUAUUGUCUCCUUGUGUUCUGGCGCAUUUCUAAGUGAAUUCAUGAAUUUGUUGCUUGCCUAUCAUUGGUUUUCAGCUGAAAAGUUCAAUAUUCUAGAAGUAGGUGCCUUUCGAUCUUUGUUUUUCUCCUCUUAUUUCUAAUGUGUUCUUCCUUCCCCUUAUUAAUAAUGUACGAUCAGGAAAACCUCUUUGAAGUUGGUUAAUCUGUUUUUUUUUGUGUUGCGCCGCAAAUUGCCUAGUGGAUCGAUUGAUUUGUUUUCAUAGGGUUGGAAUUUCUUGUCCUAACAGAACUUAGAGAUUUGAGUUUUGAAUACUCCUCCUGAAGUGGUUUUUCCAACUGACAAACACGUGCUGGAUUGACAAUUUUCUAAGAAUGGAAAGGGAAUUUUUGUGAAAUUUUUGUUAGUGAAUAGGGUGUAGAAAGAGGAGUAAAGAUGAAAGGGGCAAUUGGUGAGGGGAAGGAGAUGAUUAGCCCAAUGUUUCCUAGGUUGCAUGUUAAAGAUGCAGAGAAAGGAGGGCCAAAAGCACCUCCAAGGAAUAAGAUGGCUCUCUAUGAACAAUUCAGCAUCCCUUCUUCUCAAGGUCAAUUUGCAUCAUCAGAAUCAGGAUCACCAUCCUUGUUUCCUCUCCUGCUAAGAAACUGCACACUUCCUCCAACAUCUACCCAACAGGGUAGUUUCCUCACUAGUAAGAAUUCCCUGAAAACACUUGGUGAGGAUGCUUUUAUGACUUCUGGUUCUGCCUGUGAGAGAAAUUCAAGCUGCGGCAUCAUUCAAAAUGAUAAAGAUGAUGAUAAACUCGCAAGAAAUAAUUUGAACUGUUCGCUCAAAAGUCUACACUCAUUUAGAAACAAGGUGAAUUCAUCUGAAGCCAUAGAUCUGAAUUCAGCAAAAUAUGGGAAGAACCAGAUGGAAGAGCCUAUAGUUGUGAGACAAAUUGGUCUGAAGCCAGAGGAAGGGCCUCCUCACCCAUUAGAUGGUUUUGGUGAUAUGAGAGAUGAUGAAUCCUUAAACUCAUUGGUGAAAGGAAGGAGUUCUACGUCAAUGAAGAGAGAACAUGGAUCAUUGAAAGGAGAAAUUAGAAGUAUUUCAGUAGAUAGCUUAAAAACAUUGCAAGGUAGGAAUGUUCAUACACAUGAAGAGCAUGCAGCUUUUGAGGACAAUAAAGAUGAGGAGGCUUAUAGGGAUCAUGAUACCUUAAAUAAACCAAGUUCAGAAUGUUUGUUUGGGAGGGAUAUUUCCCCUGACAGUGUUGUAGGAGUUAUAGGUGAAAAGGAAUUUUGGAAAGCAAGAAGAACUAUCAUCAAUCAACAGAGAAUCUUCCUCAUGCAAGUGUUUGAGCUCCACAGACUGAUAAAGGUUCAGAGAUUAAUUGCAGAGUCACCCCAUUUAUUGCUUGGAGAUAACUCAAUGCUUAACAAGCCACAACUGAAAACAUCAUCUUCAACCAAGAAAUUACCAUCACCAUCCACAGUUAUUAAACUCGAAAGCAAGUCUGAGAGAACCUCUACUCCUGAGCCUGCUAAAAACAAUGCAAUUGGGAUGUUUCCACUUCCUUCUCCAAUCAACAACAUCAUGAGCAAAAGCCACAGUAACCAGUUAUCAAAUUAUAGCCAUCAUUUAGAUAUAAACUCCCCAAGCUGUGUCUACCCUCCAGUUCCACCAGUAAACCAGUGGUUAGUUCCUGUCAUGUCCCCAUCUGAAGGCCUUGUGUACAAGGCAAUCAUUGCUCCAAAUGCAGGCUUCAUGGCACCGCCACCAACACCACCACCACCACCAAUCAUUGCUUCAUCUUUACCCCAGUUCUUACCACCACCAUCAUUAAUGCAUCAUCCUUCUAUGUCUGUUGAGAAAAUGGGGCAGUCUAAUGGUCCUGAUCAGAACCACCACUCCUCUGGAGAGGUCAAUUCUGCCAUGUUAUACCGGAGCUCAUCUAACCUGUCCACGCAGACUAGCCGAGUGAUGUCGAGAAAUAUUUUAACUCAUCAUUCAGUGGAAGAUAAAGAAUUGCAGAGAAGUACAGCUAGUAGUCCUCCUUCCAAGAAGAUGAAAGGAGAUGAACUUCCUUUGUUUCCUGUGGAACCGACAUCUCGGCUAUCAGCAGAACAGAACACACCUGUUGAAAACCUCCCGCGAGUGAUCAAAGCUCUUCCUCAUAAUCCCAAAUCAGCUACUGAAUCAGCAGCCAGAAUAUUCAGGUCACUACAAGAAGAAAGGAAAUAUUUGUAACUAGUCUAUCUCAAUGUGUUAGUCAAGUCUAGAUAUUCUAAUUUGAUAAGUAACAAUACACACUAACGCUGUACCAAUGACCAUUUUCUUGGAUAAAUAUGUUGAGAACUCUCACACACACAUUGCUUACAUUGCUUAGAAAUAUGGCAAAAUAAAUCAUUA